AUGGAGAGGAACAUUGGAGACCAACUCAACAAAGCUUUUGAAGCUUAUCGACAAGCCUCAAUUGAAAAGGACAACGCCAAAAAGGAGCUGCAGCAAAUGACUCAAUAUUACCAGCAAUACACUCAAAAACUGCAGAGGCAAAUAGAAGACCAGCAGCAGCUGAUUGCACAACUUAAAGCGCAGCUGUCCACAACAAGGAAACCGUCAGGGGAGGUGAAAUGCGAGUCGUGCAACCGUCUCAUUGAUGGGGCCAACGCAUAUGGGAAAACACAACAUCCGGAGACAAUAGGCACCCUUGCUGUUUCUCCACUAAAGACUGUCAAUAACAGUGUUGACUAUCAGGACAUGUUGGAUGCACUGGAAGCGAUUCACGGCACCUUUCGGCAGAUUCGAUCUCUAUCUCGAAGGCAAAAAGAUCAUCUGAAGAGAUUCCGCGGGGGGAUUGAAACUGCAACUGAUCAGCAGUUCUCCAUGCCCAUUCAGUGCACAGACCGCGCAUCAGAAGCCGAAAUGCCCGUCUUCGCAACGUCGAGGUCGACGGUGGAUAUUCCGACGCCACUGGCAUCGCGCGGUGCUAGCCCCGAUGAUAGGGACUUUGUAGACUCUCUCACCAAGUUUAGUGUCAAAUUCCCGCCUCCUGCGGACAGUGAAUAUGACUUCCUGAACAGUGCCCCAGACAGGCACGAUGCUCAGCCUGUACCUGUGAGGCGGCCCCACGACGGUAUCCUUACAGCAGCCAACGUCAAGGAAGAGGAGGAGGAGCCCUCGGAGUUGCCUGUGCCUUUUAUCAUCCAUACAUUCCCCUCCCACUCGACAGCCUCCUCACUAUCCCAGGAGGAGGACGUUCGGGGGCCGCAGCAGUCUUUGUGGAGCCCAGAGUUGUGUGAGGCACCCGACGUGGAAGCAGAGUUGGCGACGUCUCAGAGCAGCAUCCCAGAUAAAUGUGCUUUCUGCCAUGCCGUGGUUCCUCAGGAUGAAAUGAAGAGCCAUCUUUACUCCCAUUUCCUCAAGCAGUAA